GGUUUGCUUGUUGGAAGAUAAGCUAGCUAGCUAUUCUACAAAUGUACGGAGGACCUUUUCCCAAUUCACGUUCGUUGUUUGAUCCGUUGUCAUGCAUGCAGCUCGACCUGUAGCCGACGCAAUAUAGAGUCCCCCUCACCGUACUGUACAGCAGGGGACGCUGUCUGACCCAAGCCAGUCUUCAGCUCCUAUGUUCCCUAUGCUAACCCUUCUCAGCAUGUUUUACUAUAUCUGUCUGCGGCGGCGGUGCAGGAGUGGCUCACGGGGUGAGGCCCUGGGCAGCCGUCGAGCCGUUGAACUUGGCCAGCGUGCUGCCCUUCCCGUCACUGUGGAGGUGGAGCAGUACGCCAAGGAGGUGCUGGACUUCAGCUCACACUACGGCAGCGAGAACAGCAUGUCCUACACCAUGUGGAACCUGGCCGGCGUGCCCAACGUCUACCCCAGCUCGGGCGACUUCACCCAGACGGCAGUGUUCCGCACCUACGGCCGCUGGUGGGAGCAGUGUGCCAGCGCGACUGCCCCGUUCCGCCGCACACCUCGUUCCUUCCACAGUCGGGAUUACCUGGAACUGGCCUUCGAGGAGCCAGUCUACCCCACAGCUGUGGAGGUGCUGGAGACCUACCAUCCUGGCGCCAUUGUGCGCAUCCUGGCCUGUUCACUCAACCCCUUCUCCCAGAACCUGCCUGUGGACAUCAGGUGGGAGGUGUUGUGGGCCGACGAACCCACAAAAGCGCCAAGCCCGCACGCCCGUCAGUUCUCUCCCACCAUCCGGCCAAUCAACUUCAGCACCAACCUGCUGCGGCUGGAGGUGAACAGCUCUGUGCUGGAGUACUACACCGAGAUGGAUGCUGUCAUCCUACGGGGGGUGCGGGAACGCCCCAUCCUGGCUCUUUACAAGAUGCCCAUCAUAGACAUGAGUGACCUGAGUGACAGUGAGGAGGAGCUCAGUGAGUCAGGAGCCCUGUGCUGCAGACCAGCCGCCAGGCACAAUCUGGGCAAUGGCUACUUCGACAAGCUACCCUAUGAGCUUAUCCAGCUGAUUGUGAGUCACCUGACUGUGCCUGACCUGUGUCGUCUGGCUCAGACCUGUAAGCUCCUGCAGCAGCACUGCUACGACCCGCUGCAGUACGUGCAGCUCAGCCUGCAGCCAUACUGGCCGCGGCUGGGCGACGCAGCCCUGGCCCACCUGCAGCCGCGCUGCACACUCCUGCAGAGGAUCAACAUGUCCUGGACAGGCAACAGAGGGGCCGUCACCACCACAGGCUUCUGCAGCUUCAUCAGGGCGUGUGGCACGAGUCUGGUGUGUCUCAAGCUCUCCUGUUGCCACUUCCUGAAUGAGGCAUCUCUGGAGGUUGUAGCGCAGACGUGUGCAGGCCUGCGGGAGCUGGACCUGUCUUCGUGCGACCGCCUCCACCCACAGGCUUUCAGCCACAUCGCCAAACUCGCACGCCUCCACCGCCUUGUACUUUACCGCACCAAGAUCGAGCAAACAGCUAUGCUGAGUAUCCUGACGUUCUGUACUGAACUGAGGCACCUUAACCUGGGCAGCUGUGUGAUGCUGGAGGACUACGACGUGGUGGUGAGCAUGCUGAGUGUGCGGUGUCGGGGCCUGCUCUCUCUGGACCUGUGGCGCUGCAGGAACGUGAGCGAGCGGGGCGUGGCCGAGCUGGUGGCCGGCUGCAGCCUCCUGGAGGAGCUCGACCUGGGCUGGUGCUCCAGCCUACACAGCAGCACAGGCUGCUUCCAGCUGCUGGCGCGCGGCCUGCCGCGUCUGCGCAAGCUCUUCCUCACGGCCAACCGCACCGUGUGCGAUGCCGACCUCGAACAGCUUUCAGCCUCCUGCCCUGGCCUGGAGCACCUCGACAUCCUGGGCACUCGGAUGGUGAGUCCCGCUGCUCUCCGUAAGCUGCUGCGGUCGUGUCCACGUCUGCGUCUGUUGGACGUCUCCUUCUGCUCCCAGAUUGACACGCGCACCAUGCAGGAGCUCACCAGCCUCUAUCCUGCCAUCUCUAUUAAGAAGAGCUUCACCCAGUGACCUCUGAAACAACCAGGCCCCCACCCCAUGCCCUGACCACAAGGCCUCCUGGUGCUCUCUAUGAGGUCACUCUGGGUUAGGUGUCAUAAGGAUGUGGCUUUAAUAAGAGGACAGGCUGAAGAACUGGGUGACUGACAUCCUCCCACCCACUGCUUUUGAGCUGAAUGGGCUACAUGUGUAAGCAGUUUUUCUUCGAAUCUGACCUCAGCAAUUGAUCUUAAUCUCAGGGUUUUAUUUUCCUUUUUAGUUUUGCAAAUGAAUUCACUAAACACCCUUUCCAGUGAACAAAAAAUACUAAAUAUUCUGUUUGUAUACAGUAUUUACAAAGUUGUUUUUCUUUUUCAGGAGUGGGUGUUCAUACACUACCAUAGAUUAGUGAUAUUUAUAAGCGUGCACCCUAUCUGUGAAAGAUUGUGCAACAAUAACUGUAACUUUGUCUUACUGCAUUUGAUUAUUUAUUACACAUCUAAAUUAUUAGGAUUGUAUUUUAACUUGAGCAUACAGACCAGAAUCCCAGAAUUUUUAUGUGAGCUAAGGUUCACAUCUCAAGUUAAAAAAGAGUUCUGUGGUGCAUUUGUAAGAACCAUAAAAGAAGCUUUUUCCUUUUUCUUUGCGAAACUUGAAGUUUACUUUUAGUAACAUGCUGACUGCUAGAUGCUGUAUACUGGUGCCUUAUAUUGACUGAGAGUUUGGUGUUGUGCGUGUGUGUGUGUGUGUGUGUGUGUGUGUGUGUGUGUGUGUGUGUGUGUGUGUGCAUGCGUGUGUGUACUGGUAGUGAAUAGUGCUGUGUCUGACCUCUAAACCAAAGCCCUUUGUUUACUGCUCGUUUUAAUCAAUGCACUGUUCACUCAAUCAUGUGGCCUGCUGGAUGUUUGUGGUUUUCUGUUGGUUGGGUGGGGGUAGAUUUUACUUGAGUCUGAAUUUCGACAAAUCAAGAAAUGCGAUCUAAUUAUUUUUAAUUUGAAAAGCCUCAAAUGCUUGCACUCUCAUUAACUAACCAUCCUGCCAUAAAAAAAUAUUUUGGAAGUACUGCUGAAUCCUUAUUUUGUCAAAACAUUUAUUUAUAUUUUGAAUUUGUAAAACAUAAUUUAUUUUAUUCAUUUUUGUAAAUGCUAUCAAAUUGGUGCCAUGUUCAGGAUGGGUGCUGCUGUGAUCUGUAAUGCAACUGAAUAAGGCUGAAUAAAGAGACACAGAAAGGUCGUUUCUGGA